AUGGCAAAUAUUUGCAUUCUUUCACUCGCAACUAUAUGUUUUUUCUUUUUUCAUGCCGAUGCUUUUACAGCUUCGGCAUGGAAAAGAGGCCAUGCGACCUUUUAUGGAGGCAGCGAUGCCUCGGGGACAAUGGGGGGUGCUUGUGGGUAUGGUAACUUGUACUCAGCUGGAUACGGCACAAGAACUGCUGCGUUGAGUACUGCUCUAUUUAACGACGGAGCUGCUUGCGGCCAGUGUUAUAAGAUCAUAUGUGAUUACAAGGCGGACCCAAAGUGGUGCCGAAAAGGAGUGUCAGUAACCAUCACCGCAACAAACUUUUGUCCACCAAAUUUUGCUCAGGCUAGCAAUGCAGGUGGUUGGUGCAACCCACCCCUUGAACAUUUCGAUAUGGCUCAGCCUGCUUGGGAGAAAAUCGGCAUUUACGCUGGUGGAAUCGUCCCAGUUAUUUUUCAAAGGGUACCAUGUAAAAAGCAUGGGGGAGUUAGAUUUACUAUCAAUGGACGAGACUACUUUGAGCUUGUUUUGAUAACCAAUGUUGGAGGGGCUGGAGCUAUUCAGUCAGUGAAGAUCAAGGGCUCAAAAACCGGUUGGCUGCCAAUGUCGAGGAAUUGGGGAGCUAACUGGCAAUCAAAUUCGUAUCUAGACGGCCAAUCUAUGUCCUUCAUGGUCACAACUACGGAUGGUGUCACUAAAACUUUCAUGGACAUUGUCCCUGCUAACUGGGGUUUUGGUCAAACCUUCUCGAGCCGUCUACAAUUCUAACGAGACCUAU